CAAGUAUGGCCGUCGUCGUUCGUGCAAGUUGUGUCGCCCCGUGAAAAAAAUCCGCAAAUGAUGAAAAUUCCACGAAAAUCGAGCGCAAAUCGCAACCCGACCAGUGCACCGUGUCCCAAAACUGCCUGUCGCGUGUGAAAAUCGCCUUCAAGUCGGCGCAAAUGAACAGUUUUCCAGUGAAUUUCGCGAAAAUUCCGUCAUGUUUUGAGUGUCGUCGUCGAUGUCGUUGUCAUCGUUGCUGCCGUCGCCGUCGUCGUCGUUUGCCUCGAAUCGCCGCCGUCGCAGCCUCGCCAUUUCGUAGCGCGCCCCCUGCGAGACAUUUCGCAUUGGAAUUGACAAAAAUCGAAGGAGACCCCGUCGCCAGAACGCGAAUUGAUUUCGCGCGAAUUUGCUCGUCUGAUUGUUUUGAAAGUGCCAAGUGAGAGUGCCGCGCGCCCUAGUCGCCCAGUCGCCCGCCGGAGGCUGUUCGCCGUCCAGGCCGCGAGCGAGAUCUUUGUGCUGCGUGAAGUGUGUCCCGGCGGGUUGUGCCCGGUCCCCGUUGAAUGCCGCCGCUGAUCCUGCUCAACGAACUGGUGGACGCGAACACGUCGCUGAAUGGAAUGCAGACGACAGGCUCAGUGUCUCCCGAAACGUCGCCAAUUGGAACGCGCGUGCCGUCGUCGCAACAGCCCACGUCCGCCCAUCCGUUGGAGAUGAUCACCAACGCAGUAGGAAGCGACGACUUGUCCCAGGACCCCAUCAAGUACCCUCUGUGCACAGCCCUGCACGACUACAAGGCUGCCGGCGAGGAUGAGCUGUCACUCAAGAUGCGCCAGGUCAUCAUCAUCCUGUCCAAGGACAGCAAGAUCUCCGGCGAUGAGGGCUGGUGGACGGGGAAGAUCGGCGACAAGGUUGGCAUCUUCCCGUCCAACUUCGUCACGGAGGAGGACCCCAUUAACUUAGACUCGGACGACAUUAACUCCACCAUCGGCAGCAUUCAGCCCCGAGAGGUUACCUUCGAGGAGCUCGACAUCAAGGAAAUCAUCGGAUUGGGGGGCUUCGGCAAGGUCCACCGCGCCUUCUACGGCAACGAAGAAGUGGCAGUGAAAGCAGCUCGCCAGAGCACCGAAGAAGACAUCGAGGUGGUCCGGAAGAAUGUCCUGCAGGAGGCGAGACUGUUCUGGUCACUCAAGCACCCCAACAUAGUCGCCCUGAGAGGUGUCUGCCUGCAGGCGCCCAAGUUUUGUCUCGUGAUGGAAUUCGCGCGGGGCGGCUCGCUCAACAAGAUCCUAGAGUCGCCGCGCAAAAUCCCCCCAGAGGUGCUUGUUGACUGGGCUCUGCAGAUCGCCCGGGGCAUGAACUAUCUGCAUAACGACGCGCCGAUCUCCAUCAUCCACCGUGACCUGAAGAGCUCAAACGUUUUGAUCUACGAAGCAAUCGAGGGAGACAACCUUCGGGGCAAGACUUUGAAGAUUACAGACUUUGGACUUGCACGUGAAGUUUACAAUACAACACGAAUGUCAGCGGCUGGAACGUAUGCUUGGAUGCCACCGGAAGUAAUACGUCGUGGAACCUACUCCAAAGCGUCAGAUGUUUGGAGCUACGGUGUCCUACUAUGGGAGCUAUUAACAGGUGAAGUGCCAUACAAGGGUUUCGAUUCGCUAUCUGUUGCAUAUGGUGUGGCGAUUAAUACUUUAGCAUUGCCUAUACCCAAAACGUGUCCUGAGGCUUGGGGUAAACUCAUGAAAAGCUGUUGGGAGUGUGACCCACAUACUCGACCAUCUUUCAAGGACAUACUCAAGCAAUUGGAGGUUGUGGCACAAUCGAGUUUCAUUCAAACACCACAAGAAUCAUUCCACACUAUGCAAAAUGGUUGGAAGAAGGAAAUUGCUGAUGUUCUCAAGGAAUUACGCAUAAAAGAGAAGGAAUUGCGUUGUAAAGAAGAAGAACUGGCACGAGUACAAAAUCAACAAAGACAACACGAGAGAAGUUUACUUUUACGCGAACAAGAACUAAAUCUACGAGAGAUGGAAUUAGUUGGGCGUGAGCUUCAUAUGACGUUAAAUUCACAAAAUACACCUACACCGAAAAAACGUUUGGGUAGAUUUAGUAGAAUGCGUUUGAAGCUCCUGAAACGAGACAAUGCUCAAAUCUCCUACCCAGUGGAUUUUCGCCAUACAAUAACCGCAAUUCGUAGUGAUAAGCCAUGUGCAAGAACCGGUACGCCACCUGGUUCGCCAGCAGUGUCUGGAUUAAGAGUGAUUAGACUUCCCCCGACUGACGGUUUCAAAGGUAAGACGUGGGGCCCAUCGACGGCACAUCAACGUGAACGUCCAACCUUAAUGUAUCCAACGCCCGCACACUUCAGUAAAAGUGCUCCAAAUCUGGAUAAGUCAAGGAUAAUUGGUGGCGGCGUUGCAGCUGGCGGUAUACCAAAUUCAUCAUCUGGUACAGGUUACAAUAAUCAGGAUGAAUGGAGUCCGCCAAUAGCUUUAGGUCCCGAAGUGCCACUUUGUUCACCAAAUCUACUACUAAUGAAUCGAUUCACACCGAAUAUACCGAUGCCGACGUUGUAUUCGGGCGACUAUUAUCGAAAACCAAAACUAUCAGUUAUUGAAAUUUUACUGUAUAAUAUGGCGGCCCUCCUUGCGGGUGUUGCUGCUGGCUAUGAUGUUCGAAUGUCGAAUGUUUCGCCAGUGCAUCCAAUGCUGCAACCGCCAUCUAUUCUAAAUAGUAUGGAUGUAGCCAGUGAGCCAGAUGAGAAUGAGUUUGCAGCAACGAGUGAUCGAACGCUUGGAAGGAAUACCUACCAUGGACCGACCAAGCAUACUAGGCCGAUGCUUACUGCAAUGACUUUAGUUCCGGACGAUACGCCUCUGAGGCACAUCGACUCACCGCAACACUUUCUCCCAUCGACAAUAUCAACCACUAGUGGUUUAGGUUCAAAUUUCACAACAAACACUUCAAGUGGGCUAUCUUCUUCGUUAGGCGGAGUAAGCACACUACCGCCAACUCCUUCCCCACGACGAAAAACUAGUGUAUCAUCGUUCACGGAUAAUAAUACUAGUGACUAUGCAGAAAGAGAUCAUCUGAUUCGUUUGGACGGUCGUGCACCGAUUUAUGUGCCUGGAGAUUACUUAGUUAGACAACAUGUUCCAAAUGUAGAGAAAGAUUCAAUGCAGUAUGGAAGCGGCUAUUUUGGCUCAAAUUAUUUUCCCUAUCGACCAGAAGUUAACAUGGCAUACGAGCGGGACUGUAAAUCGUAUCCAGACUACUCAACCGAACAUCCACGCUACCACCCCGAAUACGGCUACGAACAACCACGACCGGCGCGUGUCCCUCAAAUGGGCAUCGCAGCUGGACAUCGACGAACUCUUUCGAAUAUAUCUUCGCAAUCUAACAUUAAUCAAGCUUUUCGAUCAGAACCGGACGAAUUGACAUCUCUGUACGACUUCAGCCAUCUGAAUUUAAGCGAUACACAGCGUAGAACAGAAAGACCAAGUGCCGGACCUGUAAAUAACUUACAAUAUCCAAAUGUAAAUAGAAUACGAGACUACGAAAACUUACCAUUCCACCAACAAAAUCAUCACAACUACCCAAGUGGAAGUCAGCCAAUGCCACCGACGAGUGCGCAUAAUUCCUACGACCAAUCCGUACUGAAUAGCCCUAACAACCUAGCCUUCGAACACGGCGGCUUAUUAGAACAGACGCACGGCAAUAAGCUGCGUUCAAGCUUGAAAAAGUAUUCAACGUCAAGUCAAAAAAUCAAUACAUGCAAUUCAGAUGCAGGAACACCAACAAAUCCUACUCCUCCGGAUUCACUGACUAGUGAUGACAGCUCAUACCUUAGCGCCAAAGAAUCAAUUUCGUCACAACAAAGCCGAGUUAGAUUUAGUCCAGAUCAACAGCAACAGCUUUAUUCCUACCCGCAUUUUUCACCACAACAACAGCAAUCGUUACUGCAGGCAAAUAAGAUCGCUUUCGACUUGACGAAUAGUCCUUUGCCACAGAAUCAUUUUAGUUCAAGUAGCGCAACAACUACCCCCAAUAAGAGGAUGUCACGAAGGCAUACUGGAGGCGAUAUGACAUCCUAGCAGUUUCUCAAUGUGAAUUAUCCAACGAAUCGGUGGCAUGGAAGACGCUCUCUUUCCGCACAUUAUGAAUAUAAGCUGUAAAGUGGAUUGAUAUAGUGUAGAUAGAUUACAGACAGGUGAGCUAUUUUAAUUAUUUGGAAGUUGAAUUUAUGCAGAACAUUGUGGAUACAAUACUAUAGUUCUAUAAAAGCGUGUGUGCAGCAAGUAGGAUUGGAAUUGGUUGAUAGAAACGCAGCAAAUUCUUCAUUGUAUUUUUGGUGAAAGCAAUUCGCAUUUGUGGGAAGGAAUAUUAUGGACUCAAUCCACGUGCUUCUCCACAGAAUAAGAUCAAAAUUCUCCCUGGAACUCCUUUUUAUUUGUUUUUUAUCUUAUACAGGUCACUUGUGAGGUAUAGCGCGUCAACCACACCUUCGCGCCACCAUUCGCUGAAAUACUCUUCAACUACCCCUAGGACUUCCCGCGAUCCCUUCUUGGAGCGACCUCCUCGCCGUCUUGAGAAAAUGCGUUCUACUGCAUAGCGUAGUAACCAAUAGAAUUUUCGCUCCUCCUUAAUAUGUGACCUAUCUACUACCACUUCGGCCUUCCGAUUAUGGCCCGACCAUGUUCUUCGUUGCAGCAUGAAAAAAGUCAUCGAUGACAAGAUGCAACCCUGGCCGAUUUCCUUUUGCACUCUGAGAUUGUACCUCGAUACAGCACGUAACAUUUUACGCCAUCAUAUGUCGCUCUGAUAAUAGCUGUCAGUUUCGCCGGAAUGCCCCUCCGGUGUAGAACACGCCAAAUACAGUCCCUGUUCACGCUGCCAAAAGCUUUCCUGAAAUCGGUAAAGCGCAGGCGAAGCGAAGAUCUAAACUCCCCGCACCGUUCCAAGAUGAUCCGUAGGGUGUUGAUGUGGUUAAUGCAGGAGAAUGGAGAACGGAAACCAGCCUGCUCUCUGUCUAUAAAGCUUUCGAGAUGUUCUUUGAUACAUUUCAAGAAUUAUUUUAACUAUUAUCUUUGCGACGGCAAGUAGCACGCUGAUAUCUCUAAAAUUGUCACACUCAAAACAGGUCUCCUUCUUUGGGAUUUUAACGAUCAUCCCCACUCUCUGAAUUUCCGUACGAGUGGAAUUGACAGAACUGCAGGUGUAACGAUAAAUAAUCUGCGAGAGACAAUCGAGCCCAUCGGCUUUACCCGCUUUGAGUGCAUUGAUGAUUGAAAUGAUUUCUCUUCAGCGAAUGUGAUACGUUUAAGAGCCAAUAUGAGGUGUUCCUUCCACUUCUUCAGUUGCUCGUCAUCGUGGAUAAAGAAUCGACCAUUAAAGUCAUCAUUCUUGAAAGAACCGUACCAACAUCUCAAAUUCAGCGGUCCCCUUUCUCCGAAAGUUUCAUGAUCCCACCCUUUGAACUGUAUUCCAUACAUUGCCACUUUUAGUCAGCAUUUCAUGCCAACUUUAAUUCAUGGAAUGGCAUAAUUUAUAGUAACCGAGCUUUGAUUCUUGUAAACUUGUGUUUCCAUUUUUAUCCAAUACAAUUGAAACUUUCAGACCAUAAAACAAAUGUCUGCGGUAGAUGGACUUCUAAAGAAAACUCUUAUAGCCUCUUGUAGCCGGCGAAUUGUUUAUUGCUAAAAGGUAGUAUCAUAAACCCAUAUUCGUAAAGCAAGAUAAAAAUGUUAGUUGUGUAUCUUGCUCAUCAAAGGAGAUAUGAAAGGAAGCAUCCUUGAAGUCCAAGUGAAUUAAAAACUGUUGGAGCUAUUAGCAUAUAAAUCUGAUACUCAAAUGGAACCAGAGAAGGGUAAAUGUCAAUUAUUAAUUCAAUUGUUCAGCCAAAAUUCAAAAAUGACUUCUUCAGCUACUUCGUUUUUGUUUCCCUUUUAACAUCAUUCUUUUUUGAUAGGAAGAUCUGUAUAAUGCCUUCAAGUUCAGCACUCCAGAUUCCUGUUUCGAGGCCUCUCUUACCUCAAGCUCAAUACCCUGGAACCGUUUGACACAUUACAUCAGGUUAAGUCUCUUCAUUUUAUGAACUUACGGCCCGAAGUUCAGAAGUCCUCAGUUACUAUGCCGUCUGUCCUAUAAAUCUUCGUCUUUUUCGCUUUAAGAAUGCCUCUAGUGCAAGAGACCAUUCAGGCUACAAAUGUUUUCACUUUAAUAUGAUUUCAAUUAAUUCGCCUUCCGGCAGAAAAGCGAUACAUAACACGAUAAUAUGAGGGUCAUCACUAAGGAGCCCUUUGCACGACCACCGUGAUUUAUGGAUCUUGUGCAAAUAAAACGGAAGAUAUCCCUGCAAGCUAAGUUAUAAGGUUAAGUAAUAAUCAACCUCGUCAUGCCUUCGGUAAAAUUAUAAUACAAUCUUUGAUGAAUCAUGUGACCCAUCCACUCCUCGACUCGCUCUCCCAGGAUUAUUGCCUUUGGCCUCCUUCUGAUAAAGCGACUCCUUCCUUGUCAUCCAUACCUUUUCGAAAGUAUAUAGAUCUUGCUCCCUGGUGCAGAGAGCGAUCAGAAUAGGUGGCUGGUUCCUAGACAAAGUGCUAGGCGGACAUUACUCACACUAGGUGUUCAGGGUACAUCUUAUUGGAAGACCCCAGCCCGCACUUUAGAACCAUAGAGAAGAACGAACUCGUCCUUGUUACCAAAGAAUGUCGGGUCUUUGACAUUAGCCAUUAGUUGGCUAAUUGUAAGUUCUUUUCCUCCACGAAUUUUGUGGAAUAAGAGGCGGUCCCUUCAGUAGUCGUGCAAUAUAACCAGUAUAAAAUAUGAAAAUUAUUUUCCAACGCUUCAACGCCACUCCGCAAAAUCGGUGUGCAAUUUUAACCAUAUAGUCCUGGAUAAAGUUUUCAAAGUUUCGUUUUAAAUCCAGAAAUAAAAGAAAAAUUUUAUCUCGUGGAUCUCGAAAAGCUUGUCAUUAUUUGGAUAAAGUCGGACUAUUCUUUGGGUAUGACAAUGCACGUAUAACGACAGCUACGCAGAUGAAUCGCUAGUUAGGGGAUGUGAUGAUGAAUUAACCAAGGAAAUGGUAUUUGCAGUUGCAUUUACUUUCGCUAGAAGCACCAGAAAUGUACCCAUGUGAUCCAAGGUUUCGUCAUCGUCAGAAUCUUUGCUAUUCAUACAUCCGAUUCCGCAAUUCGUCUUCAUAUUGCCAAUGCAGUAGAAAAUUGUCCGCUGGAAAGAAACUGAUUGAAAAUUCAGGCAAGAAGUGGUUUAAGCACCUUUCUUGCGGAUAAUAUUGGGGAUAUUGCUUGGAACGACGUGUUCUUGGUAGGAUUUUGCUUAACUGAUUAUAAAUGCUUGAACUGAGUGGAAUAUGUGGAAAAGGCGAUUAUGUGGGUAGAAUGGCAUACACAUUCCCAAUCUGGAAUAUGCAUUAUACAAUUUACAAGUUCAUAACUUCACAUUCAGAUGAUCUUCCAAAACAAGCAAGAGACAACCAUCCUUCAAGUUCACAUGUGCUCUGUAGAGAGCAAGGCAGAAUUUAUCAACAGUACUGAAAGUUGUCCAGACCAUGCAGUACUUUUGUUCUUUAUUAACUUAUUGGGAGAUUGGUUGCGACUUUUGGAAGAUGCAUCGCUUAAUGUGUUUGAAAUAUAUCGUUUUCCUUAGAGAGCUAGCUAAAGCUGGGUAAUUGCAAAGGAAAUGUCUGAAGGCAUUUCCCCUUCUCCACAAUUUCUAAAAUGCAAACCGCAUUUGUGUGGGUGGCUCAAAGGCUCUCACAAUCGGGUCUUGCUAUACUAUGGACAGAUCGUCCUUGACUUACCGCAGGUGGUGAGCCUUUGUCAUUUCUCCAUAAUCGCUUCCAAGAAGCCGACUGCACUGGCCGAAUGAAUGCCAAUAGCACAGCUCCAUCAAUCCAAUCCGCCCACCCGCCCAUUUCCCUCUAUGUUCCUAUGACUUUGAGACCAGAGGAACGUGCCCACCCAGACAAGACUUCAGUCUCUGCACUGCCUCAUCAGCCAUCAUCAUGAUCGCUCGGAUCAUGCCCCAGCCAUCGACUGGCCGCCAGAGAGAGCAACACAGUGCCGGUCUUCCAGUUUUCUUUGUUGCAAAAACCACAGCAAAAUUUUUUAAAAUUAUCUUUAAUAUCUUAAGAAUCACAUAGUAAAGUUCCAUCUACGAAAAAAGACAGUUAAAGCCUGAAUGGUCCCUUUCAUUGCUCCAAUUUAGGUGCUGAAAACUUCAAAUGCAUUUUUCUCAAAACAACAAAUUUCAAGUCUGCCGGAACGAUAUUUCAAACAAUAUUUUUUUCGUGCAUGAAAUUUUGCUACGUGAUACUUAAGGUUCUAGAGUGGGUUUCCCCCUUAGUAUGGAGGCCCAGGGAAGGAGAUGUAGUACAUUUAAGUCGUCUGUCGGGCAGGAUUGCAGCGUGCCAGUAGCACCCGCACACAUGGUUCUUUGGUCCUUUUCAGCUUGGCUUUUUCGUAUUUCUUACGAACCACUCUUGUAGACAUAGAGGGCUGUACAGGCCUUUUUAACGAUCAGUUCUAUGUUUAGUCUUCAAUUCAGUAGAAUCCAGGAAAAGGUCGGUUGUAGGCUCACCUGGAGAGCGGAAGAGUUCUGUAUGAACGAGAUGAAUACUCUCCUGCUUGAAGUCUUACCUAAAUGAUAGAUUAAGUAGCGUCCCCUCCAACAGUUGCAUUUCAACUGCUUGCCCUCAUCUGGAUUCCUCCAAGGUUUCAUCCUUGGUUAAUUUCUAUUCUCUUCUCCAUUAAUGACUUUCCUUAUUUAUUUACUUGCCCCUAUUUUCUUUAUCGAGAUGAUUUGAAACUAUUUAUUUUUUGUUGUUGAUUCGGCUGUAGAACCAAAUCGCUUCAAACCUAAACACUCUGGCUCGUUGGUGUACACAAAAUAAGUUGGCACUUAAUGUUAGCCAAAGUUUCUCGUCAAUUUUCCCCGGAAGUUUUCUGUCUCGACACCUCUUUCAACUUAUAUUAUUGGAUUUCCAUUACUUUCUCUUAUAAGGAUCUUGUCGUGAAUACUCGAAUUAAUCUUCACGAUCUUUAUAUCCUCAGCCGAACUUAAGGCAGCUAUACACAAUCCGGCAUGCCUGUGAAUUAACCCCUCUAUUGGACUGAAAACACCAUACAUGUACCGACAAGCAGGACGGCACCAUCAGUUCAACUCUGACCGUGCAAGGCAUUGAGACGUAAAUUUGAAAAAAAAUUGUGUUUGAACAUUUAUUUAUGGUUCCUAGCGAUGAAGAUGCAAAAGCAAUUCUCGCUUAAGAGUAUUUCCUUUUAAGUGAAUGAGGUUCCUUUAAUUCUCUUCAGCGGAAUCGAAAUAUGUAUACGGAGAAUUAAAGGAACCUCGCUGUUGUCGGUUGUGAUUUUCCUGGUGAUCCUUGAUAGGAGAAGUUGUCAACGAUUUCAAAGAUGUUGUAAUCUUCCAUCUUUAUUAUUCUCGUUUGACCAGUGCGAUUCGAUGUUGUUGGUUCUGUCGCUUUCGGUGCUGACGUUGCCACCAUAUAUUUCCUUUUGCCUUUAUUGAUGUGCAACCCAAGAUCUC